GGAAACGCAUAUUAAAUAGUCUGUUACGGAUAAAUCAACCUUGCUUAUCACUACGCGUAUGACUUUGAGUAGAUCGGAAGUUUACUACACAUUAUAUCCAGCAGCCUCUUCAAAAUCCAAUUCCCCGUUCCGCAGCACGUAUUUCUUGGUGGUCAACCCGGGGCAUACCACAUACACGUGCCAUCUAGUAUUUUCUAUUCCAGAUACGCCAUCACGUUGGCUGGCCCACAUCUCGCUCUAACCAGUCUAAGUGCUCUGCUCUUCCCCGAUCUCCCUCGCUAGACUCCCUUCGCGCCAGUGCUUGAAAUCAUGGUUUGACGUCGCGCUCGCGCUUGCAGUCCGUUUGUUUGGGGUCAGACCUGAACGUGAAUUCGGCCGAUUAGCAAGUGCACCAAAUGUAGAAGCGGUAUAUUGGGAUGGAAUGGCAGUUCUACUCAAGUCAUUUGUUGUAUUCGCCACACCUGUCGCAUCGCAUAGAGAAUGGGCUCAUGUGACGGGCAGUUUGAAGUGCCAUGACGCCAGAUUCGGGGCCAUCUUUGGUGGUUGGUCUAGCUGGGAGCGAAGUCUGGAGAGGCGUUGGGAGGAUGAUGAUACGUGGUGGGUAGUACUUGGUGAGAACAUCUUAUUCUCACAUAUUGUGUGUAUAUUUACUUUUCAGAAUACGGGGGAGAACGGGGGACUAAAGGGGAGGCAUGGUAGCCCCAGGGGUGAACAAACCCCGGAAUCGGAAGGGCUCGCAUUGUAAAA